CGAUCCACGUGUCUACGCUGAGUUCGGCCCAGAGUCACCCAACUCUUCUCGCCCUCCUGAUCCAGGGUUUUCUCCCAGUGCCCCCCCUCCCAGCCCAAGGGAGCUGGGCACCCCCGCACCAUCCUGCGCGCUCAGAGGGGCUCACUUGGAGGUGCAACUUUGCCGGGGGUGGGGGCAGCGCCUAGAGGGGACUAGGCACUGCGCAUGCGGAGCUCCAAAUUCAAACAGCUGUUUCCAGAGGCUGGAGGGAGGGUGGACUGGGAGCAGCUGGGGCUAGGGGAAGCUUUCUCCCGGAGGCUGCGGCUCCGGAGCCAUGGUGGACCGGGGCCCUCUGCUCACCUCGGCCAUCAUCUUCUACCUGGCCAUCGGGGCGGCGAUCUUUGAGGUGCUGGAGGAACCGCACUGGAAAGAAGCCAAGAAAAAGUACUAUACGCAGAGGGUGCAUCUGCUGAAGGAGUUCCCGUGCCUGGGACAGGAGGGCCUGGAUAAGAUCCUAGAGGUUGUAUCUGAUGCUGCAGGACAAGGUGUGGCCAUCACAGGGAACCAGACCUUCAAUAACUGGAACUGGCCUAAUGCAAUGAUUUUUGCAGCCACGGUUAUCACUACCAUCGGUUAUGGCAAUGUGGCUCCAAAGACCCCCUCUGGACGCCUCUUCUGUGUCUUCUAUGGUCUCUUUGGGGUGCCUCUCUGCCUGACAUGGAUCAGUGCCCUGGGCAAGUUCUUUGGAGGACGUGCCAAGAGGCUGGGCCAGUUCCUCACCAGAAGAGGAGUGAGCCUGCGGAAGGCACAGAUUACCUGCACGGCCAUCUUCAUCCUGUGGGGUGUCCUGGUCCACCUGGUGAUCCCACCCUUCGUGUUCAUGGUGACAGAAGAGUGGAACUACAUCGAGGGCCUCUACUAUUCCUUCAUCACCAUCAGCACCAUCGGCUUUGGUGACUUUGUGGCUGGUGUGAAGCCCAGUGCCAACUACCAUGCCCUGUAUCGAUACUUUGUGGAGCUCUGGAUCUACCUGGGGCUGGCUUGGCUGUCCCUCUUUGUCAACUGGAAGGUGAGCAUGUUUGUGGAGGUGCAUAAAGCCAUCAAGAAGCGGCGGCGGAGGCGAAAGGAGUCCUUUGAGUGCUCCCCUCACUCCAAAAGGGGGGCACUGCAGAUGGCAGGGAGCACAGCCACCAAAGACGUCAACAUCUUCAGCUUUCUGUCCAAGAAGGAGGAGACCUACAAUGAUCUCAUCAAGCAGAUUGGCAAGAAGGCCAUGAAAACUAGCGGAGGUGGGGAGAGAGUCUCAGGACUGGGGCCUCAGGGGGGUGGCCUGCCAGCCCUCCCCCUAUCCCUGACCCCCCUGGUGGUCUACUCCAAGAGCGGAGCACCCAGUUUAGAAGAGAUAUCUCAGACAUUAAGGAGCAAAGGCCACGUGUCACGGCCCCCGAGUGAGGAGACUGGGGCGGAGACCCCUGAAGAUGAUUCCCCAAUGCCAGAGGUGUUCACCAACCAGCUGGACCGCAUCAGUGAAGAGGGCGAGCCAUGGGAUACCCAGGACUACCACCCUCUCAUCUUCCAGAAGGCCAACAUUACCUUUGUGAACGAGGAGACCGGCCUCUCAGAUGAGGAGACCUCCAAGUCCUCCCUGGAGGACAACCUGGCCGCCGAGGAGCGGCCCCAGCAAAAGAUUGAGGCUGAGGCACCCCUGAACCUGGGUGAGAUCCCCUCAUCAGAUGAGUCCACAUUCACCAGCACCGAGUCCGAACUCUCUGUGCCUUAUGAACAGCUUAUGAACGAGUACAAUAAGGCAAAUGGCCCCAAAGGCACGUGAGGCAGGGCCGGCUCCCUGCCCCACCUCCAGUGGCUUCUGUUCCCUUCAUCCUGGGGUCUCUUGUCAUGGCGGGACCUCUGGACCCUAGUGGGGGCAGCAGCCCUGGAAUUGGGAGUGGGGAGCCAGGGGCCUUCCUCACCUCCACUUCCCUCCAGCUAGAUGCUACCAGCCAGACAGGGUGUCCCCAGAACAAGGCCUCUGUUCUGCAGCUGACUGGACACCCCAGUAUAUCUGAUGGGCUAGGAGGACUGGCUGCUCCUGUGUGGCCCAUUGUUCGGUUGAGAAUGUCACACUGUUGUCCUCAACCAAAUGUACUCACUAGUAUUGAGCUUCUGACAGUGAACUAGGCAUUCAGAGAGAGGGAGAACAGCAUGAGACCCCUAUGCUGCCUUUGCAGGCUACAGUGUAGAAAGAGGGACAUGUCAGCAGUUGCUGGCUUCUGUCUGCUUGGUAAUAUUAAACCACCCCACCCCACCCCCCUGGCUCCCUGCUUGCCAGGUCCCUACUGCAAGACCCAGUAGGGAGAAGGAAGUGUGGAGACAGUGGGCCAGCAGGUGCUAAGGCUGUCCUGAUACACCGGAUCCGAGUAUGCACAGUUCCUGUCCCAUGUAUGGCUCAUCCCUUUUCCCCGAGUGCCCAGAACAAGAACCCCCGACACUCCCAGCCCCCUGUGGUGGGGGGGGGGGGGCCCACUUGCUCUUGGCUUACAAGUGGGGAAUGGCUGAAUAUGUGAAUCAGGCUCCUCAUUUUACACAUCGUGUGUGCAUUUGGAGAAAGGAUGUGAAGUGGGGGAGCAAAAGAUAAUGUGAAGCUAUACAGAGACUAGAGGCAGGGCUCACAGAAGUCAAUGCUGCCAGAACUCUAUAUUUGCCAGGACAGACAUGCUAGUGUGUGCCCCCUCUGUCCUGUAUGGCUGUCAUCUGGAACAGGCUUCAGGGCCUGAGGGGAGGGGUCAGAAAGCAAGGGUCCAAGGAGGUCCAGUGAUAACCCUACUUCUCUACCCCCUUCCUCAGCAAGCCCCCUUCAGUGGGACUUCCCUGGGGACCCUAGCCAAGGUCAUGAGAUAAUGUCCCUAAGAUAAAGCUCCUGGGGACAGGUAUUCAUCGCAGGCGACUGGAUACUAAGGAAGUGUGAUCACCCUCACCCCAAACCCCCCCUUUGCCUCUCAAUCUCCUCCCCAAUGCUGUGGGACAGAGAACCCCACCCAACCCCCAACAUGUAAAGAAGGUAUGUGUGUGUGUGUGUGGGGGGUGAGCACAGCAGUUUUCUCUUUCUGUGAAGUGUUUUAACAGACUCAUCUUAGUUUCUCACAACCAACCCCCCACCCCCACCCCUUGCUGGGGUGUUACUGUCUGUCCUGGAAUCACACACACUGUAUGUACAUAACUAGCCAUGAUGUCAGAUGUAAUUUAUUUUAACUUUUUUUUUUUUUUACAAUAAAACUUGCAAUGGACA